AUGGGAUCGCCUCUAUCGCCGGUGAUAGCCAACCUUGUGAUGGAACGCCUGGAACAGGAGUGUAUGUACAAGGCAGAGCAGAAACAAAUAGGUAUGCUGGUGUAUAGGCGGUACGUAGAUGAUUGUUUUUGCAUCGCACGGGAGGAUCAUGUUGACCAAAUUUUGGCAACAUUUAAUGAUUUUCACGACAGGCUUCAGUUUACCGUGGAAAGGGGGGAAAGUGGUUGGCUUAAAUUCCUGGACAUGAUGUUAACUAGAAGAAACGGAAUUGUGGAGAAGAGCUGGUUACCCAAACAGGAGAAAGGACGGUAUUUGGACUUCAACUCUGAAAGCCCAUUUACGCAUAAGCGCAACACGGCAGUGGCCCUUGUGGACAGAGCAAUCAAAUUGACUGAUGCUGAAAAUCGUCCACAGGCGAUAAAAAAGGUCAAAAAUAUACUUAAAUGCAACAACUAUCCUGAGUGGUUCGUCCAAAACGUUCUGGCACAAAGGGUACACAAACACUACAACGGACUGCAAAAUAAUGGUGAAAAAGAGGAGACCAAAUAUGUGACGACGCCGUAUGUUCCAUGCUUGAGUGAGAAACUGCAAAAAACGCUCAAAAAGAACGGGUUGACACUAGCCGUCAAACCCAAAAAUAAAAUAAAAGACGUUAUUUUCAGCAAACUCAAAGAUACCAUUCCACCAGGGCAACAAAAAAAUGUUGUUUAUUCUAUCCCCUGUGGAACUGGAGAUGGAAAAAUGUAUGUUGGGCAGACGAGCAGAAAGUUGGACACAAGAAUAGGAGAGCAUAAAAAUGACAUCAAACGCAAAGACAACCGAACGGGCCUGACACAACACACGCUAGGUGACGGACAUGUGUUUGAUUUCGAAAAAGUGACGAUCCUAGAACGUAUUGUUGACCAGGAAAGCAGAAUCACAGCAGAGACAUUCCACAUCAAGUUGGUUGGCGAACGCAACGCGGUGAACCUCCAGCGUGAGUGCGGAACGUUCAACACCAACUACAAUGCACUUGUGGUAAAGCUACGGCAAGGUACAAACAGCGGACGGUGGAGAGGAAACAAAUGCGACGAUCGACACAGCAUCACAGCACACCCGCCAGACAGUGAUACCUGA